AUGGGGAACACCGGCAGCGCCCCUGUGGCGGCCGACAGGUCGCACAGGGGCGCUGAGUACCUGGCCAAGAAGCGCGACCACGCCAAUGGCGACGGCAUGCAUGAAAGAGGCACCGGCGCGAAAACGCCCGGCCCGAGCAGUGUCGCCGGGAGCCACCUGACGCUGCGGCCGUGGAUGAGCGCGAAGAGCCGGCGCUCCACGAAGAACCGGGUCUCAGCGAUGCACCCGAGCUCGCGGCAGCUGUCCUCCGUGCCGCCUCCGGCGCAGGAGACGCAGUCCCUGACGUCUGAGAAGGCUCGUCAAGUACAGCGUCACAAGACGUUCGGCAACCUCAAGGCAUCGGAGAAGCAGGCGAUCGCGGCAGCGACCACAUCCAGCCGCGCGCUCAACACCAGCAGGCAGGUCGACGACGACAACACACCCCUCACGAGCCAGAACGUCACCGCGGAGCCCUCUCCGAUCCCGCAAGUCCGCCUGCGCGUCGAGACCUCGUCCACGCCCCCGGACGCCGACGAGCAGUCCCUCUCGCCAGUCAUCGAGAACGCCCGCGAGCUCCGGGAGAGCCCCCAGGCCGCCGAGGCCAACCAGUUCGUCGACGACCGCCCCCUGCCCGUCGUGCGGCGCGCCAAGGCCGGCUCCGUCGGCAUCGACCUGAGUCAGGGCCUCGACAUGCUGCGGCGCGUCAACGACCGCAACGUGUUCUACUCCCGCAGCACGACGGGGCGCGCGGCGCAGACGCACACGGAGCACGCGCACGCGCAGAAGCAUCCCGCGGGCGUGCCGGGGUUCCGCACGCGCAUGUCGCGGCACCUCGCGGACCCGGGGGGGCCGCGGAUCGUGCACAGCCACGUGCGCGCGAGCAACCUGUCCCCGCCGGCGUCCGCGCACGGCGGCGCCGGCACGGUCGGCGGCGGCUCGCGGCGGUCCGGCCCGGGCUCGCAUAAGGGCCUGGAGCACAGCGGGGUGGGGAUGUUGGGCAAGGGGGGGGCGCUCGAACGGUCGUCGCGGUCGAUCCCCCGCGCGGGGUCGAUCUCGUCGGUCGGGUCGUCGCAGCGGAGCCGCAUGCUGUCGCGCAACACGUCCGGCCGCUCCUUGGUGCCAAGCGUCCGCGGCGAGCCAGGGGCGCUGUCCACGCCCAACACCGCGGGGCGACAUACGUCGCUCGGGAAACGGCCGUCGAGCCCCGGCUCCGUGCGGCUCCUGAAGGACCUCGUGGAGGUGCCGCCGCCGCUGGAGCAGACGACGCUGCAGACGAACUGCUUCACCGGCGACGGCGGGGAGGUGUGCAUGUCCGUGCUGCUGCCGUGGGGCGGGGCGGUCGGGGAGGAGACCGCGCUGUACCUCGCGCCUGCGGUCGUGCUCGGGAAGGAGGACGGCGGCGUGUUCAACCCGCACCCGUCGAGGAAGACCGAACCAAAGCCCAAGAACACCAGCAGCUUCCGCCUCACCGAGAACGGGCCCACGCGCAACACCGCGCCGGGGCGCAACGGCGAUGCGCUCAGAAGCGGCGCCGGCGGCGGGGGAAAGGCCCCCGAGCGCAUGCUCUCGUCCCGCGCGACGAUGAUGGCCACACAAGGCAAGGCGGCGUCGGGGAAGUUCGCCAAGUCAGGGAGCAUGGGCCCCGCGCGGCCCGUGCCGCGCAAGGGCGCGUCCGUCGGCGUGCUCCUUCCGCCGCCGCCGGACGUCGAGCCCGAGGACGUCGGCGCGUCCGGUCAGUCACCGAUGUCGCCGCGGUCGGGCGGGCGGUUCUCGAUGCAGGAGGACCGCGGGCUGUCGCUCGAGGCGCUGCAGGAGAGUUUCGGGAAGGACGGGAAGGACCGGUCGCUGGGGGGCCUGGUGAGCGCGCUGGUGAACAACAUCAAGCAGGGACAGAACCACAUGCGGCUGUCGGUGCAACCGGAGGGGGAGUUCGAGGGGGAGUCGAGCGCGGUGGGGACGAUGAGCCCGCCGCUGUCGCCGCACGUGCGGUUCGCGGAGCCGACGCGCGGCUCGGAGCGCACGACGCGGCCGGCGGGGGAGGAGUCGGUGGAGGACAACAGCGCGCACGGGGGGGGUCGGGGGGGUCCCAGCGUGUACCCCGCGCUGCAGAAGGUGGACGAGUCGUCCGUGAUGCGCGACGCGGAGGGCACGACGGUCGUGGAGCGGCCGCGCGGGGCGGCGGUGCGCGCGCAGACGGACGGGAGGCUCAAGUCGCACUCGCACAACGAGGGGGCGCGGGGGACCCUCGAGGGCCCGCGCGCGGUGAGCUCGGGCGCGCUGCUGCCCGCGCAAGCCGCGGCGCACGCGCGCCACCGCGCGAACGCGUACGAACGGGAGUAUCCCGAGCAGGGCUCCCGGCAGAGUCUUCUUGGCGGCAACGUGUCCAAGGUGGUGCAGGAGAACAGCAUUUCGUCGUACGAGGACGUCGCGCACUUCAUCCGCGAGCAGUCCAUGAGCAACGCACCUGCGAUGCGCAGCAACGCCGAGCCGGGCGCUGCGGUCACACCGCGCGGGAGCCGCGUGCAGGCGGGGCCGCUGGCGUCGCAGGGCAGCAUCUCGCGGCUCGGGUCGCGGCUGCGGCAGGGCAAGGGCGAAGAGACCAAGUCGCUGGCGGUCGGCGCGAUCGGGCCGCCGUCGCACGCGCAGGCCAACGCGCGAUUCUUCAACCACUAUGCAGUGGUCAAAACCAUUGGUUCCGGGACGCACGGCGACGUGAAGCUCUGCCUGGACCUCGUCGACCAGUCCCUCGUCGCAAUCAAGCUGGUUUCGAAGGCCCUGCAGGGGAAGAACUCGCGCGGGCGCAGCCUGAUGGCCGGCGGGGGCAUGCGGGGUUCCCGGCACGACAAGUCCGCGGUCCUGAAGCGCGAGGCCGGCGUGCUGAAGACGCUCGACCACCCGAACGUGGUGCAGCUGUACGAGAUCAUCGACGACGAGUCCGCGCAGCACGUGCUCUGCGUGAUGGAGUACGUCGAGGGCGGCCCCGUGCAGAUGCGAACGGAGGAGGUCGAGGACGGCGCGGAGCCGGAGCGGCUGUCGGAGGCGACCGCGAACGACUACUUCCUGCAGCUGAUCGACGCGCUCGACUACCUGCACGACCGCGGCGUCAUUCACGGCGACAUCAAGCCGGCGAACCUCUUGCUGGGCUCGGACGGCCUGGUGCGGCUGUGCGACUUCGGGAGCGCGACGGUGCUGCCCCCGGGCGGCUCGGACCGGCUCACGCACACGCACGGGUCGCCUGCGUUCCUGGCGCCGGAGAUCUGCCGCGGCGAGGAGUAUUCGGGCAAGGCGGCGGACCUGUGGGCGGCGGGCGUGACGCUCUUCAUGAUGCUCUUCGGGCGGCUGCCGUUCGGGGAGCGCGGGAUGACGAUGUUCCGGAUGAUGGACGCGAUCGCGGAGGACAACAUCGACAUCCCGGACGACGUGGCGCUCUCCCCAGACGUGUUGCACCUUCUGGUCGGACUGCUCGAGAAAGACCCCUCCCGGCGCAUGACCAUCGAGGACGUCAUCGUGCACCCGUGGGUCACGGGGCGCGACGACGACGCCGCGUCGCAGCUGCGGCAGGAGUCGGUCUUCGACGCGAACAGCGUGAUUGAAGACGAAAACAUGCACUCGGGCAGCUUCAACAUGCGCGAGACGCUGGCGCCGGUCGACGAGACCCUCGGCGACGGAGCAGCCGGCGAGGCCACGCCGGCGCAGGACCGGUCCAGCAGCGACGCGGCGUCGGCCGCGGCGCCCGUGACUCCGCAGUCGCCGCCAGCGCCUGUGGUCUGCGCGACGCCGCGGGCGAUCCGGUCGGACCGCGGGCUCGUCGUGCACGUGUCCGAGACGGAGGAUGCGACGCCGGCCGCGAAGAGCCGGAGCGCGAAGGCGCUGCUGCGUAAGUGGUCGAUGGACGGUGCUGGCGGCGAGCGGGCGGUGUUGGCGGCGGCCAUGGGGUCGCCGUCGCAGUCGCUGCACUCCCCGCGCAUGACGAGCGGGGCCGAGCGCGACCCGAUGGAGUCGGUGAAGAGCCUGCGGAAGACGCUGACGGCGCGCCGCGAGUCCCAGACGCGGAAGAGCUUCGGAAGGAAACCCACUCUUGAUUUCAUGGACACCAUCGAAUACAUCCUGGAUAACAUCGGGGAGGACCUGGUGCCGCGACGCAAGUUCGCGCCCGGGGAUUGUUUGAUCGAGGAGGGCGAGCAGGCGCGUCUUAUGUAUUUCAUAGUGUCUGGCACCGCGGAGGUCCUCAAGUGCUUCGAGGCGCCCAGCUCCGCAGCGCCCACCCAGGGAGGCGUGGGCGCGAAGUCGACGCCCGGGCAGCCGACGGCGACCGUGAGCAACUACAUGGAGCCGAUGGGCGACUCGGACCCGGGCGCCGGCGCGGAGGCUACCAGCGUGCUCAUGCCAACCCAGUCGGCGGGACCGAGCGCGGGCCUGGCGGACGUCCUGACCGGCAGGGACGACGACAGCGACGAGGACCACGUCUCCGAGGAGGACCGCGCGCCGAUCAAGCCCGUCGCGUCGCGCCUGGGCGAGCUGAGCGCAAACAACGCCAGCGCCAAGAAACGCGCGCUGAUGGGCCGGUACGUCAGCGGGAAGCUCGACCGGCACGCGCUGUACGACGACGAUACGCCGUUCUCGCGCGGGCUGGCGGGGCUGGCCAAUAUGGACUUCGACAGCGAUAUGCAGGACUCGGAGAUAGAAAAAGUAGAAGUGUCUGACGCGGACGCCGCCAAGAUCAAGGAGGCGAUCGCCUCGUCGGAUGGGCACUCGCUGCCCCCCGCGCUGUCGUUCGGUGGCGCCCACGGCGACAAGGCGUACGAGCGGAUGGUGUCUCGCGCGGUGCGCAACGCCAGCCAGCUCGGCGGACUGCUGCAGGCGUCGGACUCGCGGCGCAGCGCGGCGGGGCAGGCCCUGCGGACGCUCGCACAUCGUGGUCCAGGGGACGUCAUCGGGGAGAUGGGGCUGAUGGGCGAGCAGACGCGCACGGCGUCGGUGGUUGCUAUCGAUGAGGUGCUGGCGCUGCAGGUCGACAUCUCCGCGCUGGGCGUCAUCUGCGACGCGGUGCCCCGGCUGCAGCACGACCUGAAGACGCUGAUGGCGGAGCGCACGGCGACGCGGCGCAUGAUGGAGGCGUUCGAGCAGCUGGCGGGCCUGGAAGCCCACGUGUCGGAGCUGCCGCAGUCCCGGUCGGUGUCGCGCAGCAACAGCAUGAACCGCGGGCACCUCACGGCGUCCGCGAGCUUCAAGCGGAGCGCGUCCCUGCGCACCAAUAGCAUUGCGCGGUCGGGCCACUCGGCGCUGGGGGUGUCGCAGGGCAGCGGGAUGUCGCGCUGGCGCAACACCGUGGACGGCGCGGUGUCGGCCGGGCCGGACACCCCCGGGACGUCGGUGGCGAGGGAGGGCGCGACGCACAACGGCGGGCAGGGCGGCGGCGUGUCGAACACGGGCGUUGGCGACCUGCACAGGAUCGAGGAACACCACCUCUGA